ACAAGAUUUGAACCCCCAAAACUACAAAUUUUGCCAGCUCUCUCUCUCCCGAACACAUCUGAAAUCCAUCCCUUUCUCUCUCUAGGGUUUCAGAUUCUCCUCUUUCUUACUAAUCUCCACGUGUUCCAAUCUGGACACGAUCCUUAUUGCCCGGUUCAUCGAUCCGAUCCAAUUCUGUUAUCCAAGUUUUUUGACGAGAGAUCCCCUAUCUGUUUGUAUAGGUUCAUUCGAUUUUUGUCGAGAUUGCUGCCUUCUCUUUAUUGCCUCUCACUUCCAUCAUUUAUCAGCUCAAGAAAUGUGUCUAUCAUUUUGAACACUAAAUCGCUUUCUGUGAGUUUGAAGAUCUGGGCAUUAGAAGGGGCAAUAAGUGAAUCAUUUUAGGUGGUAUGCGGAAGUUGUUUAAGCAGUAUAAUUGUUCAGACUGCACUUACAAGAAAAAUUUUAGCCCCGACAAGGGUACACUUUCGAAGUAUUGGAAGGACUUUAUAUGUCGGUGCUGGAUUAACUAGUCAGUGGAACUGGAAUCGUGAAUUUGGAACAAGUGUAAAGAUGAUGGUCAAUUCAGGUGCAACAGCUAACGGGGGUCCCGUUGUCUAUACCUUUCUGAAGAAAGAUGGUGAUGGUAAAUACGUUAAGGGUGGGUGGAGAAGUGAAGAUGGAAAGUUAAGCUGUGGAUAUUCAAGUUUCAGAGGAAGGAGGGCCACAAUGGAAGAUUUUUAUGAUACUAAAACUUCAAAGAUUAAUGGGCAGACAGUCUGCAUGUUUGGGGUCUUUGAUGGGCAUGGUGGUUCUCGUGCUGCUGAGUAUUUAAAGCAACACCUUUUUGAGAAUCUAAUGAAGCAUCCAAAGUUCAUGACUGACACUAAACUUGCGAUAAGCGAGACGUACCAACAGACUGAUGCAGAUUUCUUAGAUUCUGUGAGGGAUAGUUAUCGUGACGAUGGUUCAACUGCUUCUACGGCAGUGUUGGUUGGUAGCCAUCUAUAUGUUGCCAAUGUUGGAGACUCAAGGACUGUAAUUUCCAAGGCUGGAAAAGCAAUCCCUCUCUCUGAAGAUCAUAAACCAAACAGAAGUGAUGAACGGAAGAGAAUCGAAAAUGCUGGAGGGGUUGUCAUGUGGACAGGAACAUGGAGAGUAGGAGGUGUGCUAGCCAUGUCUCGAGCUUUUGGCAAUCGCAUGUUGAAGCAGUAUGUUGUUGCAGAACCUGAGAUUCAGGAUAUAGAGAUAGAUGAAGAGUUUGAGUUGCUUGUGCUUGCUAGUGACGGAUUAUGGGAUGUAGUGCCUAAUCAGGAUGCCAUUUCACUGGCUCAAGAGGAAGAAGAACCGGAGGUGGCUGCUAUAAAGUUGACAGAAACGGCUUUCACCCGCGGUAGCACCGACAACGUAACAUGCAUCGUGGUGAGGUUCCACCAUGACAAGGCCGCAGCUCUGGUCAAUCCCCAAGUAUGACUAGAAAUUCC